UUAAAAAUGGCUUCAUCACAGCAGACGACCGUAGUUGAUGCACAUGCAAUUUUCCACGAAUUAUCACCAAAACUGGUAUGUAUAUUGUUCAUAAUUUGAAAUAAUAUUAACUUUAAAUUUGAAAGACUGUUGUUAUGACAAUAUUCGUGCCUUGAUCACAAUUAGCAAUAAUAAUAAAUAAAAUGUGGAUUAAAAUUUAUACGUGAAAUAAUUGUAUUUUGUGGCUUUCUUCUGACUACCUCUGGCUUCGUUGUAUGUUUGUCUUGUCUUUCUCCAUUCAUUAUCAACCUAUUAUAUUUAGUUUAGGCCUAUAAAAUAUAGGCCUAUCAACUAAUUGGGGGGAGGGUUAUAAAUUAUAUUUAUAAUAAUAAUAUUAUAUAAUAUAAAAUUUAUAAAAUUAUAAGUUAUCAUUAUUAAAUUACUAUAUUUCAGACUAUAUAAUUAUAUAUUUUAUAAGGCCGCUACACAUUCACUUACUUUACACUUUAUUGGCCUUACGCCUUACUCAGUUCAGAAUGUUUAUACUAUAGCCUAAUUAUCAACAAUUUAAUUAGUCAUCUUAGACUUGGCUUUUUGUUCCAGUUAUUUUACUACUUAAACUGAAGUGGAAAAAAAUCCAUUUAAAAUUAAAACCUCAGAAAAUUUAAGUUAAACUUAUUGGAAUAAUAGAGCAAUCCUCCAAAGUACGGUCCCAAAUUAUUUCGUAUGAAAAAAAUGCAAUGCACAGUGUCUUCUUCUUCUUCUUAUAUUUGAGGUGCCCACGAUCAAUUUGUUGAUCAUUCUGGCUCCUGGUUUAAAUUCAGAGUUUACCUUCUCUUAGAUGGGUUGCCGUCCAAGGCUAGCGAGUCCCAUCUACCCGGGGUGCUUGGGAUUAUUUGCUUUUGGUGGGGAUUGAACUCCAGACCACCAGCUGUUUGGUUUGAGACCGUUUAGACCGCUCGGCCACCCAGCACCCAGUGUUUAUUGUAGAAAUUAGAAAACAGCAGAAAUGUCAGUCAUAGCUUUUGCAAAUAACUGUCACUUUACAAACCACUCAGUAAAUACUAAAUAUUGUAAUUGGCGCGUAGCACUUGCAAAUAGCAGCCGAAAACGUUCAGCUUGUGACUGAUGAGCCACUGAAAAGCCCCCAAGUAGCUGGCAAACAGACCAUGACUAGUACCACUCUGGAGUUAACGUUUCGCUGCAUCCAAAGUCCUUCAAAAGUUUCUGUGUGAAUGUCCUGGUCUACUGGAUCAACAAAUUCACGUGGGUGCACAGCGUGAGCAAAAUCCCGUUGAUGAGCUGACCGACAUUUUAAUAUCCUCGCCAAGCGUCUGUUAUGAUAACUGUCCCUGGCAACACAUAAUUAGUGAUAAUGCGCUCGAGUAUUUGUGCAUCUCGGCAGCCAACAAUCUCCAUCCAACAUUGUCCACUACCGCAAACAUAAAUUUCAAAACAAAAUGAUGCCUAAGGCUUUUAAGUAAGGAGUAAUCAUUGGAAAUAAUUUGGGACCGGACUUCAGAGGAUUGCCGAAUAAUAGUAGACCCUGUUCAAUCAAUCAACGUUUCCAUAUUUUUAGAAUCCAGAAUUCUGUAUUGGCAUUGGUGAUUUUUUACUUAGUUUAGUGGUAUUAGUACAUUAGUACAGGGCCCAAUUUUUAAAUAAAAAAAUGGCUCAUUAAUCAGCUAUCAAACAUAAAUAAUAUUCGUUUUUACAUAAUGAAAGCUCAACCAUUUUAUGAAUUUUUUAUAUCAGUUUGGGAUAUAUGUAAAGGAGAAAUAACCUGCUAUUUCAUAUCAAGAAAAAGCUACUGACUGUUUCUGAAUUUUCAGAAUCGGAAAUUAAAAACUUGCAAUGCAUGUGCCAUAUUAAUAUUACAAUUAUUAACCUCUUACAUGGCCUCUGGGGAAAAAGUAGGAUAGGUAUGGUAAAAACUAUUUAAAAGAACGCAACAAAACAACGUCCCAUAGGUAUGUAUAAUUGUGUUCUCUAAGUCCACUCUAGUGGGCAUGAUGGUACAAGACAAAUUUGUUGUAAUUGUCAAGUUGCUUAACUAGUGGUCACUUAAAGAAGCUUUGUCCAUCUUGAAUACAAUAUUUCAGCUAAAUUUUGUAUUUCAUAUUUGUGUCAGUGUGAGUAUUUGUUUGUUCACUGAUUCAAGAAGGCUUCAGUCAUAAAAGAUAUAAAAUAUUCAAGCUAAGCUGAUGAGGUUUUGAUCACGAAUGAGUUCCAUUGAAGCUGAAUGUGAGUACAUAAAGAAUAGGCUGCGGCUAUUCAGACCCGGGCCCGAAUAGCCACUUCAUAAAGAAGAAGUGCAUAUUAUUUACACUAAAAAUUUAUAUUUUUCAUUUCAGAUCUUAUUGGUGAGAGCAGUGAAUGGUGUUACUUUAGUAAUGGUUGUGGUAGGUGUAAUUGAGAACCUUUUUAUUUUUGUUAAGUCUGAGAGAACAAUGUGUUCAAUAAUAAAUGGAAAUUAUAAUUAUAAAAAACACAUAAAUUGUCAAUUUUAUAACAUUUUCAAAAAGAGUAGUAUAUCUUUUAUACCCUUUUUACUUUUUUAACAUUUUUUUAGAAAUGACAAAUCCUUUUUGCUAUUGUACAAAAUAAAUGGUAACUCAACACUUACUAAAAUUAGUGUAACUAAGUAAAUAUCGUUAUGCUCCAGUUAUUUGAUGAUCUUAAAAUUUAAGGCAAUAGUUCAUACAUUGUUUUAUUCUAAAUACUGUAUUGUUCUGAAUAUAGGAAGCUCCUGUUUGUAGUCUAAUUGUAUAUCUGUAUUUUUAUUUAUUGCAACAUUCCAAGUUUAAAGACUUACAAUAUGUGUAAAGGUGCCUACUCUACUCAGAAAAAUACAGUGUUCAACUCCCUUUCCUUUGAUAUAAAGGCUUGUAAUUAUUCUGUUUUGAAAUAGUAACAAAAAUUGGCAAUUUCUUUUUUCAAUUUCUGUUUGAAAUUUCUUCAUAAAAUGAGAUUAACUUUUAAUAAACUAGGGUAGGGUGUUAAUUAUCAACUGUACAAUAAUAGUCAUGCUUUACAAAUAUAUUUAUUAGUAAAAUCUUAAAUGUACAUAAAGGAUUCUAUAAAUAAUAAAUAAUCUGUCCCCUGUAUUUGAAAGCAUUUAAUUAAAAUUAAAUAUCUCUAAAUUAGUAAAGUUGGAAGCUGAAACAAUUGUUUUUCAAACUUGCAUUUUCAUAUCAAUUCCAUUAAAUUAUUUUUACUUGAUUAAAACAAUUUUCUGAUUUUUAUUUUAUUAAAUUUUAACUUGACACUUAAAAAAAAAAUCUAGGGUCGCAAAAAAAAUUUUUUUCUUUGCCUUUAAAGUAAUCAAAUAGUUAAACAAUUUGUUAAUUAAUUUGUAACUUAUCUAAGGACAGAUAAAUAUAUUAUGCUUUUUGGAAUUAUCCACCACCUUCUUAACAUAAUUAUAACAUUCUUAUACAUAUAAAUUUAUAAAAGGGGGCGUCCAUUAAUUACGUCAACAAAAUAGGGGGGAAAAAGAAAUGUUUGACAGUUGUUGACAAGGGGGAGGGGGUGGGUUGGUCGGCUUGUUAAGCUGUUUAUUACUUAAGGCGCCACAGUGCAAAGCAAUGUAAAUAAAACCAACAAAAUCGAAGGGAGGGGGAAUGCCACCAUGCCCUACCCAAAUGAUAUCCCUGAUGCCCAUUGUUACGUAGAGCAACACCUGGCUACUCCAUCGGGAAAUAAUAGCAGCUAGAAACUAUGCUAUAAUAGUCAGCUAUACUGAAAAUAAUCAUAUUUAUACUUCCACAAACAAUGAUAUUUAGUCUUUAACAAACUUUUAAUUGAUUCUGCAUAAUAAAAUUUAAGUGUAAAAACUUUUUAACUUGUUGAUUAACACGCUAAAGAUGUAAUAAAAGUUUUUACGGCAAUUUUGUCUAAUUAACAAUACAUGAGCACAAAGUAAAACAUAUUUAUAAAUUUAUUAAUAUUAUAAUUCAUUAUUUUACGGUGGGCGGGGGGUUGGGGGGGGGGGUUAUAAAAAUUUGACAUAAUUACGGGGGUCAUCGAAAGGUUGACAGUUGUUGACAAGGGGAGUCAAACAUUGUGGAAAAAUUGUUGAGGUAAUUAAUAUACCACCCAAAAAAUGACCAGUUUAAAUAUCCAUUAAAGAAAUAUAGACUUUUCAUAUACAACAGUAUUCAUACUAAUAACAUCGCAUGGGAAAUGGCAUCGGUGGGCUGUCGAGCGNCCGGCACACCCUCACACAGGUAGUGAUAAUAGCUCCCCCCCGGUGCAAACGCUUGUGUGAAAGACUGCUUGCAACUGGCAAAUCAAACUAAACAGUACUUAACCUCUUUAAACGUACACCCACUUUGAAUAGCUCAACAUUUACAGAAGCCAAAUACCUCUCCAUCGCCCUUUGUAAUUUUACAUAUAAUAUUCUGAUUAAAAAUGCUAAGAUAUUUUCUCCAUCCAAUAUAUUUACAUAAGAGAUGACCCAUAUUCCUUAGGGCUAAGACCACCACUUUACACUAAUUUGAAUUUUUUGAAUAUCUCUUCUUCUUAUGUUUGAGGGGCCCACGGUCAAUUUGUUGAUCAUUCUGGCUCCUAGUUUAAAUUUAAAUUCAGAGUGUGCCUUCUCUUAGAUGGGUUGCCGUCCAACGAGACCCAUCCACCCGGGGUGCUUGGGAUGUUGGCUUUGGUGGGGAUUGAACUCCAGACCACCAGCUAUUUGGUUUGAGACAGUUUAGGCCGCUCGGCCACACAUAUUGACCCAAACAGCAGCUUUGGGUAGUUAAAGGAGUUAGAUAUGAAAAUAAUAAUUCAUGUUUUUAAGCAAGCUUUAUAGUACGGUAAUAAAUACAAGAUAUUUGCUUUAAUUCUGUUCUGAUCCUCAAAUCUUCUCUCCUAGCUUAGAUCUGAGUAUGGAUAAUGUAAUAAUUCCCUGGAUUUGUCUUUCUCUAAAUUAGCAAUAACAAAGGUCUACAUUUCUAAUUUUGAUAACUCAAGAUUAAAUCAGGAAUAUUAGAAUUCAAAUGCCAAUCUGAUUAAUGAAUAUGGACUGUACAAAUAUUUGAAUACCCACAGAUGUUGAAUAAUUUUGCAUUUGUCUUCUAAUAGAUAGCAUUUAUUCUGUGCUUUGUGCAAGGACACAAAAAUGGCUCAUACUAUCUCCUGGUCUGCAAUCUAAUCAGUAAGCUUAUUUUUCAUAAUCUGGUUUGUUGAACUUGGACAAAUAAAACAGACAGUGACAGUGUUUAAAAUAAAGGAUUAGAUUGAUAUUAACUUAUACAAUCUCCCAGUAGUCUAAUUACAGCAUAUGGAAAUCUCUUUUGAUAGCUUUCUGUUGCGUUGACCUGAUCAUGUGUGUGGUUUAAAUUGGAAAGAGAGUUGUUGGACACACCUGAUCCUUUGUAUGUGUGUUUUAUAAUGGAAUGAGAUUUGUUGUAAGGACCUGAUCCUCUGUGUUGGUGUUUGUGUGGUUUAUAUUUUAAUGAGAUUUGUUGUAAGGACCUGAUCCUCUGUGUGUGUGUGUAUUUGUGUGGUUUAUAAUGGAAUGAGAUUUGUUGUAAGGACUUGAUCCUCUGACUGUGUGUGAUUUAUAAUGGAAUGAGAUUUGUUGUAAGGACCUGAUCCUCUAACUGUGUGUGGUUUAUAAUGGAAUGAGAUUUGUUGCAUGGACCUGAUCCUCUGAUUGUGUGUGUUUGUGUGGUUUAUAAUGGAAUGAGAUUUGUUGUAAGGACUUGAUCCUCUGACUGUGUGUGAUUUAUAAUGGAAUGAGAUUUGUUGUAAGGACCUGAUCCUCUAACUGUGUGUGGUUUAUAAUGGAAUGAGAUUUGUUGUAAGGACCUGAUCCUCUAACUGUGUGUGGUUUAUAAUGGAAUGAGAUUUGUUGCAUGGACCUGAUCCUCUGAUUGUGUGUGUUUGUGUGGUUUAUAAUGGAAUGAGAUUUGUUGUAAGGAUCUGAUCCUCUGACUGUGUGUGGUUUAUAAUGGAAUGAGAUUUGUUGUAAGGAUCUGAUCCUCUCUGUGUGUGGUUUAUAAUGGAAUGAGAUUUGUUGUAAGAACCUGAUCCUCUGGCUGUGUGUGGGAUUUAUAAUGGCAUGGAAUUUGUUGUACAGACCUGAUCCUCUGUGUGUUUUUAUAUGUGUGCAUGGUUUGUCAUGGAAUGGGAUUCGUUAAAAAAUAAAGGGGAGAAGAGACUGUAAUCAUAUUAGCAAAAAAAGAAAGUGAGUGAAACAAAGUAUGGAAAAACCUGAAAAAAGAAAUGCAACAAAACAACAAAGGUAUCGGUAAGAAGCCUACAUGAGCAAACAAACAACAGAAUUUAAUAAAAUUAACACUUAGUACUUAGCUGAAAUGUAGUAUCCGAGAGGGCGGCAAGAGAAAUGUGACAGAAGUUAAGUAGGUGAGAGAUUAUUCUCUAAAUCUAAAAAGGGAUUUUGACUUACAGUGGACUUACUUCUCAUCUUUUCUUUCCCUUAUUUAAUCUCUCACCUAAUCAUUUUCUGUCACAAUUCUCUUACUGCCAUCGUGGAUACUAUAUUUCAGCCAAGUGUUAUUUUCAUUUAAUUCUGUUGUUACCGUUGUUUGUUCGCUCAUGAAGGCUGUCCCCCGACAUUGUUUUGUUGCGUUCCUUUUUUCAGGUGUCCCAUACUUUGUGUCACUCAUUUCCUUUUUUAAAAAAUAAAGAAAGUUUUAAGAUAUCAAACCAAGCAUUUUGUAGCCUGCUGUAAACACCUAUAUAAUGUAUGAAACACUUUAAACAUUACAAUUAAAUGGAUGCAAAUAAUACUAAUACAAUGGACAUUUUUUUUAAGAAAUGAAUAAUCUAGCCUCUCCUUUGGGUAAAAUGCAAUCAACAAAGCUAUUGUCAUGCAUGUAAAUACAUAUUAUUAAAUUUUAUUAUUUUGUUUUGCUAUUUUAAUUUACAGUCAGUGCGAUAGUAUCUUCAGUUGUGGUGAGUAUACCCAAGAAUUUCAUCGAUUUUCCUCUGCUAAAUUAAAAAGUAAAAUAAAACUUUAAGUUUAAGACACUGGCUUUAUUGGUAAACCUAGCUUUGUCACAUGGAGUAGCUGUAGCUCACAGCUUUGUCACAUUGAGUAGCUGUUGUCCACAGCUUUGUCACAUUGAGUAGCUGUUGCCCACAGCUUUGUUAGAUGCAGUGGCUGUUACCCACAGCUUUGUCACAUGCAGUAUGUAUUUGGUAAAAUAUGUUGUCCUGUAAACCAACAUUAGUAUGGGGUCAGGACAGGCCAUCAAAGUAUGCAUUGGAAUUAUAAAAUUCAUCCCAAUUUUCUACAACAUGACGAUCAACUAUUCCUUUUCAUCCCAAACUCCUUUCUACAUUUUGAUUAUGGUACAUAACAAAUGAGAGCACCACAAAUAUGCUAAAAUCAGUGGGCUACAAUUGUCGUAACUGUGGUGUCAUCACACCAUUUGUGUCCCGGCCACAAAAUAAGUGACAUUAACGUUUUGAGUUUACAUUAAUUCUUGCUGUGUUUUCCACCCCAACCAACCCGCAGAAAUGUAUUUUUUUGGAAAUGAUCAAACAUGUAUGACCUUUAAAAGUUUGUAAAAUCAUUGGGUUUGAGAUAUUUUUAACCACACAAUAAACUACUUUUUACCUUCUUAAGGGGGAAAUAUCUGAAAAUCCUCUUUUAAUAGACACCUUAGUCUAAGCUACAUGUCUCAAAGUUAAACAGGUAUGGACUGGGCUUUGAUGAGUCAGUCUAUAAAAUAUGUAUAUACGGUAUGUUUAUCAGUUACCAUAAUGUGUCUUAUCAUGAGUUACUCUCUGAAGUUGCAUUGGCAACAUUUUUUUAGUACCGUCCUUGGAUUUAAUUAAAAGAAACUAACUUCUCAUUUUGCAGAACUGGUGGUACAAGAGUGGCGACUUGGUAAGGAUAUCUUUCAAUAAUAACACACAUAUUUAAUUUCUAUUGUUACGGUAAUUUUAAAAGAAAAUGGGUUUUUGAAGAGUAAAAUUAUACAUUUUGUUAUUUAAAUUUAAGGAAUGGAAAUUGUAACCUUAGCUGUAAUCAUAUUUAAAAAAAUAAAAAUUACUAAAAACAUUCCAAUUUGCCAAUUUUUUUUCUAAGAGUUGAUAAGAGCUGAGUAAACAGUUGAUAAAUUCACUGAAAUGGAAAAAAAGAGUGUAUACCAUAUGUCCUUUUGUAGGUUGCUCAGAUUAUAUCUUAUUUGAUUACUCUGAUUUCAUCUUAUUUUAUUACUCAUAUUACAUUUUAUUUGAUUACUCUGAUUUCAUCUUAUUUGAUUACUCAGAUUACAUUUUAUUUGAUUAUACAGUUUACAUUUCAUUUAAUUUGUGACAUGAUGUUUUAUAUUACCACUUGGACAUGUCUAUGGCAAGCUUGAGAUGGAUUUUAAAUUCAGAGCUGUGUAGUGUGACCCAGUUGCAACAGAAAAAACUUUGACUUUUAAAAAUAUUUUAUUACAUUGACUGGACUAUAUUAACAUUUGAAUAUUUUAUCAUAGAAAAAAGCAAAUUUAAAAAUUCCUUUUUUUUGUGUCCCCAGGGCAGUGAAAAGUACUGGUUUGUCAUUUUUGUUAGCGUUGUCAUAAUAUUCCAGUGCCUCAGUACUGACAUUUUUGUCUUUAAGGAGGACACCAUACAACCAAUGACAACAACUGUUCUUCCCAUGAACACAUCUACUGUGGAAUGGUCAACUAUGAUCCCACCAUCUACACUAAAAUAUUAAUUUGGCUAACGUUUGACUCAUUUAUUAUGUUCAUUACUUUUUUUUUAAACGACUAAAAAAAUAUUUUGACUUAUGUAAAAGGAAGUAAUUGGGUCGUAAGUCAUUUAGAAAUCUUUUCAAAUCAAUCAAUGAAAAAUACAAUUGUUUUUAAAAACACAUUUACUUGAGAUACACUCAUGGCUCAAACAAAUUUUUUAAACUUAUUUUAUUUUGUAAGGGGAAGAAAUAAAAAAAAAAUUUCAUUAAUUCCAAUAGUUCUUCCAAUACUCAUUGUGGCAUUUAUUUAACAUCAUAGAUAUUUAACUGUAUAUAAUAUAACUGUAACUUGUGCAAUAGUUUACACUUGUUGCUGAAUGACUUUUACAAUUCUCAUUUGAAAAAUUUCAUCAUGACCUAUUUAACAAUGUUGACAAGAAAUUGUUGUAUGAUGACAUCAAUUAUUGCAUAAUGACAACAUCUUAUAAAAGUUACUACCAGUAUAAAAUGUUUUUUUCAUUAUUUGAAUCAUACAUGCCAACCUGUGGGAUAAACAAACUGUACAAAAAGUCCCAAAAAACUGUACAACAGUGGACAACAGCAUGAAAAAACAAUACAGAAAGAAAGGAUAAGUAAAACAAAGUAAAAUUUAUAACUUUUCCAUCAUUUUUUAUCAAUGUUUUUAUUUUUUGUCAAUAAAUAGAAAUAAUGUCUGUAAUAAAUUGGGAUAAUGCCUAAUGCUAGUCAUGAAACGUUAGUAAUAUUAAAUAUAUUUAAUACCAACACAUACUAACUCUGCAGUUCCUAUCAAGAAUUACACAAACAGAUUUGUAAUUAUGAUUUACUACAUAUUACUACUCAAAGUAGUUGCUACUGCACUAUGCGUUUUAGUAUUAAUGCAUAUCAAUGAAACAGCACUGUUUCUAAAUUUAGAUUGCCUACCACUCCUCAACUUUGUCACUUUGAACAGUAAAAGGGAUUUAAGGUUGAGCUUCUUGUGAUCCUUGUUGAAUUUAUUGCACCACCAGUUUCCAACCUAAGUCUUGUUCAAAAAUAUUAUUUUUUUAACAAAUCCAGUGGAAAAACUGUACAAAGUACUGGUAAACUUUACAAAGUACCAGUAAACUGUACAGGUUGACAUGUAUGAUUUCAUGCUUAAUUUUUGUCUAUAAAAUAACAAAUAUUUGUUACUUUUUUACUGAGAUUAAUAUCUUUAAAUUAAAAUUACCAUAUUAUAACAAAGUUAUAUAUUAUAAGCCAUCAAUAAACUGAUAUAUUUCACAACGAACAAAUUAAUAUUGCUGAAGUUUUAAAAAAAAUAUUUUUUUUUAAACUAACUAUUUUUAUUUUUCUGAUAGUAUCAGAACAAUAAAAAUAAUUGUGAUGUUGUAAAUAAAUACAACUAAAUGGUGUUAUCCUUUUUCAUGAAAUUCAAAAGAACAAUUUUACAGUCCAUAAUUUAAAACAUAUUUUAACGAUGCAAUAUAUAUUUUGGCGGCGACUGUUCCCACCUGGGUAUCAGAAGUGAGAGGUUGGGAUUAAAAAACUAUUUAAAAUAUUAUUGUUGGGUUUGUAAGACAAAAUGAGGAAUUAAAUGAAAGAUAAUUGAAUGGACUAAAUCUUUGUAAACUUAUUUCUUCAGUUGAACUAAAAUAAACUACCACAAAUGAC